UGAAGUAGCAUGUCAAUUAAGAUUUAUCAGAUAUUUUUAUAUAGCUUACUCGUAAUACCGGGAAAGAAAUUUUCGCUCAAAAAUAAUAAUAAAUAAAUACACAAACAAAAUCAGCUUUUUUUUAUUGACUUGUCGUUUCUGUCAAAAUGCGGAAUAGGGCAAGCUGGUUUGCUGAACAUCAUAAAUUUGCAUUAUUCGAUCUUUCUAGAUACGGCCAUUGUGUAAAGAAUAUUGAUAUUUUAAACAUAUAUAGUUAUUUUGAGCUAUCAUUAUAGUACUUAAGUUACAUAUUUUACAUUAUUUUGGCAGUUUAAAAAGGAGGCGGAAAAUGAAACUUUUCUUUUACAUCCAGCUAUUAUUUCUGUACAGUAGUAUAAUUUAAUGUAGGAGAUUAGUACCGGAAUUACAAGAAAAAUGUGGUUGUUUUAUAUUUUUCUUUUCACGCUGAGCGAAUGUUUUCCUCACUCUCCUCUAUGGCAAGAAAUGUGUGAAGACAGGAAGAUCAAUGAUUGUUCGUUUCAGAUUGCUGAUGCACCUGAAGAAAGUUGUGUAGUUUAUAACACAGCAGCAUGCAGAAACUUUGAUUUUUCUAAUUGGACCCAAGCCCCAGUAACUAAACUGGCAUCUGAAUUUGCUGCUCCAUUUUCUGUUUCUAUUAUUCCAUAUGCUGCAGAAUUGUUACAACUGCAGAAAGGAUUACCUGUGUCAGCUAUAAAUAUAACAUUUACAAUUUUUCAAGAAGGUAUUGAAGGAUUCAUUGUGUUAAUAACUGAUGAUUUCAAGCAAAAAAAUAUGUGCAGAAUUUUUGACUUUAGAAAUGCAGUUAGAAGCCUGAAGGGGCCUGAUAUAUAUAUAUAUAUAUUCAAAUUGUCACUUCUUCAUCACAUUAUAAGAAACACACAUAAAUGCUUCUCUAAAAUUGAGCAUAAAAUAUACCAUCUUUAA